CGGUCACCGGUCACGUGAGGGGGGACGGCACGGCACCUGGGUCGCGGGAAGAGGCUUCUCUCUGCUCAGCGCCGCCGUUCGGCUCCGCGUCAUCUCCCCACCCACUCCCUCUUCUGUUCCCGAGGGCGAUCCUGCGGCCGGCGACGCGAGGAUCCCGAGCGGGGAACGACGUCAUUGUGGUUUCAGAGUCGUUGAUGUGUACGGAGAAACAGGGACGUAAGUGGUCAUUGAGGGCGGCCAGGGUGCCAGUGAGCCCCCCAGCAGCUUGGUGUGCGGGCUGAGCUUUGAGGGGCUGACCUUCGAUGGAGAACCACAUGACGGGGCACAACAAGGAGAAGCGUUAUGAGUGCGACGUGUGCGGCAAGGGGUGGCAGCGCCCGAGUCAGCUGGAGAUCCACCGGCGGGUGCACACGGGAGAACGCCCCUUCGACUGCUCCGACUGCGGCAAGAGCUUCAAGACGAUGCAUGAGCUGAAGAACCACCGGCGGGUGCACACGGGCGAGAAGCCCUUUGUCUGCUCCACCUGCGGCAAUGGCUUUGCCCGGUUGUCGGGGCUGCGGGUGCACCAGCGGGUGCACAGCAGUGAGCGGCCCUUCACCUGCUCUGACUGCCGCAAAGGCUUCAAGUCGUCGCAGGACCUGUUGAUGCACAGGCGCCUGCACACUGGGGAGCGGCCCUACACCUGCAGCGACUGCGACAGGGGCUUCACCCGCGCCCACAGCCUGCUGGAGCACCAGCGCACCCACACCGGUGAGCGGCCCUACACCUGUGCCCAGUGCGGCAAGGGCUACACGAGCUCCAACAGUCUGCUGGAGCACCAGCGCAUCCACACUGGCGAGCGCCCCUACAACUGUGGCGUCUGCGGCAAGGGCUUCACCCGCUCCAGCAGCCUGCUGGAGCACCAGCGCACCCACACUGGCGAGCGCCCCAACACUUGCGCCCAGUGCGGGAAGGGCUUCACCCACUCCUCCAGGCUGCUAUCCCACCAGCGGGUGCACACCGGCGACCGUCCCUUCCCCAUGCCCUUCGGCUGCUCCGACUGCGGCAAGGACUUCAAGGGGGCGAAAGAGCUGAAGAUCCACCGGCGGGUGCACACAGGUGAGAACCCCUAUGGCUGCUCCACCUGUGGCAAGAGCUUUGCCCGGUCGUCGGGGCUACGGCGGCACCAGCAGGUACACAGCAGUGAGCGGCCCUUCAACUGUUCCGACUGCGGAAAAGGUUUCAAAUCGUCGCCGGAACUGAAGGUGCACACGGGCCUGCACACCGGGGAUAGGCCCCACACCUGCAGCGACUGCAGCAAGGGCUUCAAGAGGGCGCAAGAGCUGGAGACCCACCGGCGGGUGCACACGGGCGAGAAGCCCUAUGGCUGCUCCACCUGUGGCAAGAGCUUCGCGCGGUUGUCGGGGCUGCGAGUGCACCAGCGGGUGCACAGCUGUGAGCGGCCCUUCACCUGCUCUGACUGCGGAAAAGGCUUCAAGUCGUCCACGGACCUGAAAGUGCACAGGCGCCUGCACACCGGGGAGCGGCCCUACACCUGCAGCGACUGCGGCAAGUGCUUCACCCGUUCCAACAGUCUGCUGGGGCACCAGCGCACCCACAGCGGGGAGCGUCCCUUCACCUGUACCAAUUGCGGCAAGGGCUUCACCCGCUCCAACAGCCUGCUGUUCCAUCAGCGAGUGCACGUCGGUGACCGUCCCUUCCCCAGCCCAGGCCUCCCAUGCCCUGUCUGACCAGCGUGUGCACACCAGUGGCCAGUCCCACGACUGCCUGUACUGCGGUGAGGCAUUUGACAGCUCGCAGUUUUUGAGUCAGCACCGGCAGGCCCACGCUGGCGAGCAGCUGCUCCCACUGUGGCAAGUGUUUCAACAAUCCACGGAGGCUGCGGGAGCACCAGCGGAUUCACAGACCACGAUGGAGAAGGGUUUAGGAGCCAUUGCUGUGGACGAAGAGAUGAGGAUGUGAGCAGCCCUUGAGGGUGGCCAGGGUGCUGGUGAGCCACCCAUCUGCUGGGUGUGCGGGCUGAGCAUCGAGGGGCUGAGCUUUGAUGGAGGACCACAUGAUGGCGCACAAUAAGGAGAAGUGUUGUGAUUGUGUAGAAAGGCCUGGCAGUACCCGAGCCAGCUGGAGACUCACUGGCGGGUGCAUACGAGCGAGAAGCCCUAUGGCGGCUCCAGCUGCAGCAAGGGCUUUGCCCAGUGGUGGGGCUGCGGGUGCACCGGCAGUUGCGCAUUGGCAAGAAGCCGUAUGGCUGCUCCACCUGCAGCAAGGGCUUUGACCAGUCGUCGGGGCUGUGGGAGCACCAGCGGGUGCACGGCAGUGAGCGGCUCACCUGCUCUGACUGCGGCGAAGGCUUCAAGUCGUUCAAAGACCGGAAAAGGCACAGUCGCCUGCACACCGGUGAGCGGCCCUACACCUGCAGCGACUGCGCAGACUGCUGGAGCACCAGCACACCCACACCAGUAAUGGCUUCACCCACUCCACCAGGCUGCUGUCCCACCAGCGGGUGCACCCCGGCGACCGUCCUGACCCCAUCCCGGUGUGUGGAGACCACUUUGCCAUGGCCUCCCAUGCCCUGUCUCAUCAGCGCGUCCACACUAAUGGCGAGCCCUAUGACUGCCCUUACUGCGGUGAGACAGCUCACGGGGGUUGCGGCAACACCAGCGGGCCCACGCCGGCGAACGGCUACUCAUACUGCGGCAAACAUUUCUAGAGCGCAUGGGGGCAGUGGGAGCCC